UACCAUCCCAUUUAGGUCGGUCCCCACGGUAUAAAGGCCUCCUAGGGCUUGCUAUGACGCAAAGUGUAUGAGGUUCGGAGGGCCACCCGGCGGAGGGAUCCGGUUUGUUGUGGUGAGGGGAGGGGGAGACGCUGACAAACCAAGAUGGCGGCGGCGGCGAUGAAGGCCGCGGCGACUGGGAGGUAACUGUGGUGGCAAAGGCUGCAGUAGUUGGGAGGCUGUAGCAGAGUUUGGAAGAAACGGAGCAGGAAGAAGAGGCGGUAGCAGAAACGUCAGCCUGAGACUCAGAGCGCGACAGCCACACGCCCCCCCCAGGCCCUUGGCGGGCGGAGGCCACCCCGCUUAGGGCCUAGUCUCCGAGCAGUGUCUCGGCUUCAAACAGCGGCGGCGCCAUGAGUCCUUAAAGGCAUUCCAAGCCCUUCUGAUCCCUGGCUAAGUCCUCGGGUCCACCAUGGAGCCGGGGUCCGACGACUUCCUACCGCCGCCGGAGUGCCCGGUGUUCGAGCCUAGCUGGGCCGAGUUCCGAGACCCUCUUGGUUACAUCGCGAAAAUCAGGCCCAUCGCCGAGAAGUCGGGCAUUUGCAAGAUCCGCCCACCCGCGAUUGUGGUGGAGGAAGGUGGUUAUGAAGCCAUCUGCAAGGACCGUCGGUGGGCUCGGGUGGCCCAGCGCCUCAACUACCCGCCAGGCAAAAACAUUGGCUCCUUGCUACGCUCCCACUAUGAACGCAUUGUUUACCCCUAUGAGAUGUACCAGUCAGGAGCCAACCUUGUGCAGUGUAACACUCGUCCAUUUGAUAAUGAGGAGAAGGACAAAGAAUACAAACCCCACAGCAUCCCCCUUCGACAGUCUGUGCAGCCUUCCAAAUUCAACAGCUAUGGCCGGCGGGCCAAGAGACUGCAGCCUGAUCCGGAACCUACAGAGGAAGACAUUGAAAAGAAUCCGGAGCUGAAGAAGCUACAGAUCUAUGGGGCAGGCCCCAAGAUGAUGGGCCUGGGGCUUAUGGCUAAGGAUAAGACUCUGCGGAAGAAAGAUAAGGAAGGGCCUGAGUGUCCCCCUACCGUAGUGGUAAAGGAGGAGUUAGUUGGGGAUGUGAAGGUGGAGUCAACCUCGCCUAAGACCUUCUUGGAGAGCAAGGAGGAGCUGAGUCACAGCCCAGAGCCCUGCACCAAGAUGACCAUGAGGCUGCGGAGGAACCACAGCAAUGCUCAGUUUAUUGAGUCAUAUGUAUGCCGGAUGUGUUCCCGAGGGGAUGAGGAUGAUAAGCUUCUGCUGUGUGAUGGCUGUGAUGACAAUUACCACAUCUUCUGCCUGCUGCCUCCUCUGCCUGAAAUCCCGAAGGGUGUCUGGCGGUGCCCAAAGUGUGUCAUGGCGGAGUGUAAGCGGCCCCCUGAAGCCUUUGGCUUUGAGCAGGCUACCCGGGAAUACACUCUGCAGAGCUUUGGCGAGAUGGCUGACUCCUUUAAAGCCGACUACUUCAACAUGCCUGUGCAUAUGGUGCCCACAGAACUCGUAGAGAAGGAGUUCUGGCGGCUGGUGAAUAGCAUUGAGGAGGAUGUGACUGUUGAGUAUGGGGCUGACAUUCAUUCCAAAGAAUUCGGCAGCGGUUUCCCUGUCAGUGACAGUAAGCGGCACCUAACCCCUGAGGAGGAGGAGUAUGCUACCAGCGGUUGGAACUUGAAUGUGAUGCCAGUGUUGGAGCAGUCAGUACUCUGCCACAUCAAUGCAGAUAUCUCUGGUAUGAAGGUGCCCUGGCUUUAUGUGGGCAUGGUCUUCUCAGCCUUUUGCUGGCACAUUGAGGACCACUGGAGUUACUCCAUUAACUACCUCCACUGGGGUGAGCCGAAGACCUGGUAUGGAGUACCUUCACUUGCAGCAGAACAUUUGGAAGAGGUGAUGAAGAAGCUGACACCUGAGCUUUUUGAUAGCCAGCCUGACCUCCUGCACCAACUCGUUACCCUCAUGAAUCCCAACACCCUAAUGUCCCAUGGUGUGCCGGUUGUCCGCACAAACCAAUGUGCAGGAGAAUUUGUCAUCACCUUCCCCCGUGCUUACCACAGUGGCUUCAACCAAGGCUACAACUUUGCUGAGGCCGUCAACUUUUGCACUGCUGAUUGGCUGCCUGCUGGGCGCCAAUGCAUUGAGCACUACCGCCGGCUCCGAAGAUAUUGUGUCUUCUCCCAUGAAGAGCUCAUUUGCAAGAUGGCUGCCUGCCCAGAGAAGCUAGACCUGAACCUGGCAGCAGCUGUGCAUAAAGAGAUGUUCAUCAUGGUGCAGGAGGAGCGGCGUCUACGAAAGGCCCUGUUGGAGAAGGGCAUCACAGAGGCUGAGCGAGAGGCUUUCGAGCUGCUCCCAGAUGACGAGCGCCAGUGCAUCAAGUGCAAGACCACGUGCUUUCUGUCAGCCCUGGCCUGCUACGACUGCCCAGAUGGCCUUGUCUGCCUUUCCCACAUCAAUGACCUCUGCAAAUGCUCUAGUAGUCGGCAGUACCUGCGAUAUCGAUACACCUUGGAUGAGCUUCCUGCUAUGCUGCAUAAGCUGAAGGUUCGGGCCGAGUCCUUUGACACCUGGGCCAAUAAAGUACGAGUGGCCCUGGAGGUGGAGGAUGGGCGGAAGCGCAGCCUUGAAGAAUUAAGGGCACUGGAGUCUGAGGCCCGUGAACGGAGGUUUCCUAACAGUGAGCUGCUGCAGCGACUGAAGAACUGCCUGAGUGAGGCGGAGGCUUGCGUGUCCCGAGCUCUGGGACUGGUCAGCGGCCAGGAGGCUGGCCCCCACAGGGUGGCUGGUCUACAGAUGACCCUGGCUGAGCUCCGGGCCUUUCUGGACCAGAUGAACAACCUGCCUUGUGCCAUGCACCAGAUUGGGGAUGUCAAGGGUAUUCUGGAACAAGUGGAGGCCUACCAGGCUGAAGCUCGUGAGGCUCUGGCCUCACUGCCCUCUAGUCCAGGGCUACUGCAGUCCCUGUUGGAGAGGGGGCGGCAGCUGGGGGUGGAGGUGCCUGAGGCCCAGCAGCUCCAGCGGCAGGUGGAACAGGCGCGAUGGCUAGAUGAGGUGAAACGCACGCUGGCCCCCUCAGCCCGAAGGGGUACCCUGGCUGUCAUGCGGGGACUGUUGGUUGCGGGUGCCAGUGUAGCCCCUAGCCCUGCUGUGGAUAAGGCCCGGGCUGAGCUGCAGGAGCUGCUGACCAUUGCUGAACGCUGGGAGGAGAAAGCCCACCUUUGCCUGGAGGCCAGGCAGAAGCAUCCACCAGCUACACUCGAGGCCAUAAUCCGUGAAGCAGAAAACAUCCCGGUUCACCUACCUAACAUCCAGGCUCUCAAGGAGGCUCUUGCUAAGGCCCGGGCCUGGAUUGCUGAUGUGGAUGAGAUCCAAAAUGGUGACCACUACCCCUGCUUGGAUGACUUGGAGGGCCUGGUGGCUGUGGGCCGGGACCUUCCUGUGGGAUUAGAAGAGCUGAGACAGCUAGAGAUGCAGGUACUGACAGCACACUCCUGGAGGGAGAAGGCCUCCAAGACCUUUCUCAAGAAGAAUUCUUGCUACACGCUUCUGGAGGUGCUCUGCCCGUGUGCAGACGCCGGCUCAGACAGCACCAAGCGCAGCCGGUGGAUGGAGAAGGAGCUGGGGUUAUACAAAUCUGACACAGAGCUGCUGGGGCUGUCUGCGCAGGACCUCAGGGACCCAGGCUCUGUGAUCGUGGCCUUCAAGGAGGGGGAACAGAAAGAGAAGGAGGGUAUCCUGCAGCUGCGUCGCACAAACUCAGCCAAGCCUAGUCCACUGGCAUCAUCGACCACAGCCUCUGCAACUUCUGUCUGUGUGUGUGGGCAGGUGCCAGCUGGGGCAGGAGCUUUGCAGUGUGAUUUGUGUCAGGACUGGUUCCAUGGGCGGUGUGUGUCAGUGCCCCGCCUCCUCAGCUCUCCAAGGCCCAGUCCCACCUCAUCCCCACUGCUGGCCUGGUGGGAAUGGGACACCAAAUUCCUGUGUCCACUGUGUAUGCGGUCACGGCGCCCACGCCUGGAGACCAUCCUGGCACUGCUGGUAGCUCUGCAGAGACUGCCUGUGCGGCUGCCCGAGGGUGAAGCCCUACAAUGCCUCACAGAGAGGGCCAUCAGCUGGCAAGGCCGUGCCAGACAGGCUCUGGCUACUGAGGAUGUGACUGCUCUGUUGGGACGGCUGGCUGAACUCCGCCAACGGCUACAGGCUGAACCCAGGCCCGAGGAGCCCCCUACCUACCCUUCAGCCCCUGCCUCUGACCCUCUCAGUGAAGGCAGUGGCAAGGAUAUGCUCAAGGCCCAGGGCCUGCUGGAGAAUGGAGAUGGUGUGACCAGUCCUGAGAAGGUAGCCCCAGAGGAGGGCUCAGAUCUGGAGCUGCUGUCCUCGCUGUUGCCACAGUUGACUGGCCCUGCAUUGGAACUGCCUGAGACAACCCGGGCCCCCCUGGAGGAGCUCAUGAUGGAGGGGGACCUGCUGGAGGUGACUCUGGAUGAGAACCACAGCAUCCCCAAGUCCCUUGACUUUUAUAUUCUGACUCCAAGGUAUUGUUCAGACCUCAGCUCCUGGGGGCCGGCCCCUGGAGUCCCCCUCCCUGGUAGCCUCUAACCAGCAUUCCCAGACACCUGAGGCAGAUAGACAGAUGGAUGGGCAGGUGGGCAGGGGGGUGGCUGGGGCUGGGCCAGCACCAUUCCAGAGACAAGGCCAGUGAGUAUGCAAACUGGGGGAAUCUCCUCUCCUUUCUCUCCCCAGUUCGGGCCCUGGCCAGGCCAUGCUACACUAACCCCUCCCCCCACUCUCCUCUCCUCUCUUCCUUUAUCCCCCUUCUCCUUCUAUCUCCCUUCCCCUGACUGUUCCACCCAGGAGGAGGAAACUUCACAUAGCUGUGCUCACAGUUUUAUUUUAAAGGAAUUUGGCUGGGGAGCUGAACAGAGCUCCCUGUGAUCUGAAGAAAGCUUUUGGUGCUUGUCCUCACAACCACCUCAAUCCUCCCUCCUUGUCCUCCCGUCUCCUUUCCUCCUCCUGGGUUCAUGUUGUAAUAAAAGAAGAUUGUUGGUGUGUAAUUAAUUUGUUCAAAAGAAAAAAAAAAGCAAAACAAGAAACUUGGUUCCAACCGAAGCCUAUUUUAAUUUUAUUUUAUUAUUUUCCUCUUGUUAGAAAUAAAACCCUUAGAAACAUUUUUUGGAAA